AUGGAGCGACGUGGUGAAUCUCCUAGCGAUAGCGUAUCGAUCAACGGAGGGUGAGUGUAAUUUGAUUCAUAUUUCAUUUAUUCAUCGCAGAAAAAAAGGAACACCGGUAAAAGAGGGGAACACCAGAAGGGGGCUGCAAGAUGAAUAGGAAGGGAAGGGAACCAUCCCCGCAAGAGGAGGGCGCCCUUGGUAGGGGGUACAGGAAAGGGAACAUUAGAAGUGGGGUUAAUAUUUAGCAAUUGAGAUAUCUACGAGUGACUGGAAUUGGGAGGGGGAAAAGAAGGAAUUACAGUUUAUGACGAUAGCAUUCCAGAGGGGGACAGUUUUAGUAAAGAAGUUUGGAGAGAGGGGGGACACACAAGUGAGUAACAUGGGGCGUCGCUGUGAGGAGGUAGAACGCAGAAAUUGCGAAAUUUGGGGGAGAUAGGCAUCGCCUGUUAAGAUCUUAUAGAGGAGUAGUAGCGGGGAUUUGAGUCUGUGCUGGCGAAUGGAGAGCAUGUUGAGAGUUGCGAGAUGGUCGGGGUAAGAGGAGAACGGGAUAUUGCAGCGCUGGAGGAUGUGGCGCGAGUACCAGCGAAGGGGUUUUUCCAGGGAGGCGGCGGGAAGCGAGCGAGGAGGAGGAGAGUAAAUCGCCGAGCAGUAUUCGAGAAGGGGAAGAACAUAGGAUUUAAAGAGGAAUAUAUAGAAGGCUGGAGACGACGAUUUGAACGAUUUGGCAAGCUGUUUGGCACGGAGCAGAGCUAGGGAGGCAGUGCGUGAUAUGUGGUCGCGGUAGAAUAAAAUGUUGUCAGUUACGAGGCCUAGGUCCCUGACUGAGGAGAAGGGCGAUAUGGGGAGACCGGCAAUCGUGUACGUGUGACGGGGGUUCCUGGACCCGAGAUGCAGAAGAGCAGUUUUAUGAUGGGCCAAGGGAAGGGAGUUGGUGUCUGAUCAAUCGACAAUUAGGUCAAUAGCACACUGUAAGGCGGAAGGAUCAUGAGAGGAGAUUUUGAUGUCGUCGGCGAAUGCGGUGAAGUGGACAAGUUCUUCAAGUCUGAGCAGUAGAUCAUUAAUAUAGAUGAGGAAGAGGAGGGGACCAGUGACUGUGCCUUGGGGAACACCGGAAGGGAUCGGGUGUUUGGAUGGGUCGGAUGCGGAAUUUACUAGAACGGAAAAGGCCGGAGCCAUUGCGAUAUUUUUUUAUUUAGCGAAAUCACCAACAGCGAUAACAUCAUAAGCUCGAUCCAGAAAAUCAACAUAGAUACGAAGUUUGUUUGAAUGAAGUUUUCGAAAUUUACCUUUUUUUUUUAGAGAUAUGCCGGAUUCGCCAAGGCGGAGACAAGCGUCGCUGUCACUUGCACGUUCCAGGAAAAGGUACGAGUAGAUCACAACAUUGUCGACGUUCCGAGUAAAUCAUGUUCCAUCAGACAAUCAAGACUUCCAUCCGGAGAUCGUUCUGAUAAAAAUGAACCGGUUAACCAGGACAAACGGCCACGUGUCAGCAGAAGCAAUACCAGAAGCCGCAGUCGCGUCACAAACAGAGCCAGAAGUGGAACUGCGAGCAGAGCGUCGCCCCGAAGAGCAACACGCGCUGUGAACAGACCUUCUGCGAACAACGGGCCGAGACGAGGAACUACUCCGAUCGAUCCCUCCUCGGCGGAACAUCGUCAUACGAGAAGUCAAGACGAGUUUCUCGCUCCGCCCAGUAAAAGUGCAGGGAAACGACGCGAGGUGGCGCGGAAGAAGACAGAGGAAUCCGCGAGAAACGAGAAAGCAAAGAAGAAACAAGGUGCAAAGAAGAAUUCAUCUCAGAAGGAGAAAAAAGUCCCUGGAAAAGAUGAAGCCGAGAAGAAGAAGAGAAAAGAGACAAUUAGAUCGACGAUCGCCACUAACAGAGACGUUGUGUCCGAGGACGAAAGCGAUGGGGCUGCAGGAAAUAGGUGAGAGGAGAAUGUAGAUCGUUCAAACUUUCAAAUAAGUAUUUCUAAACAGGGAUGAGCCCGAUGACGGUUCGAACUAUCUCAUCAUGGUUUUGGUAAAGAAAGAGGAUUGCCGCGAAAGCAUUACCACUGACUUUGGUGAUCGCAUCCGAGUGCUUGGUCCGAAGUACGUUGCACUCAUUCCAAAGUCUUGCAACGAAGGCCGCCGAGCUCAGAAAUUUGGAAGCUUUAAAAUAUGUGAUGAAAGGCCGGGUAUUCCGAACAGAAAGUUUUCGGCGGCUGAUCGAUCAAAGUACGGAGACAAGGCAGAAUGGCCCGUUCAGGCAGUUUACGAGGUAAGUGCCAGGGACUAACUCUGCGGUGAAAACUAAGUUUUUCAGGUUUGGGAGGACGGCAAGAUAGACACUAAAAAUGUGUUCGUGCAUUACGAAGGAUGGGCUCCGAUUACGAAGACCAUGUGCACAAUCGCCUCGUGUAGAGACACGGCCUCUGAAAUGUUGCAAGAAGCAGAGUGGCGACGGAUGUUUUUCGAAGCCUACAAGGCGAACGCCAAGAGGAUUGCUCUCAUUGACGCGUUCAGAGACACGUUGUCAGGCAAGUGGAAGCCUCGUCCGGACAUCGAAGAGCAAUUGUCGAAGCGGGACCCGUGCAAGCAGUCGAGCUCGUCAUUCUGGUCGUUCGAGGACAUGACCUACUACCAUUCUGUCGCCAACAAAGAGGUCGGACUGGCGCCCGUCUUUUACAUGAACUUGAGCCAGCAGCAGAAGAAGACGCCUUAUUAUGCGGUUGGUUGUUGUUUCUCGAACCCUACUCUCAGUUCUCUCUGGUUUCAGUACACUCCGGUGAACAUUGUCGACAGUGACGCCCUCAAGGAAUGCGAGCAGCACGAUGCCAUCGAGACGUGGAGUGCAUUGACGCAUGCGUUGAACGUGGCUCGAGUGAACAAUGGUUCCAAGAGUAACGUGUGUGAGAAUUCUGCAGAGUGCAAGUGUGACGUAUUGGUAAUCUAACGUCAGCGCCUAGUUUCAUUUCCAUGUCUUUAUUUUCAGGCCCAACUAGUGUAUGGCUCGGAACUCAAGACCCACCAGCAAUUGUCCUAUUAUUACGACGACGUGACUCAACAGGUUCUUCUGAAUUUAGAAGACUUUGAUCCAGUGAAGAAGCGGAUCGUCGUAGAAUGUUCGGACGCUUGCAAAUGCAGUCUCGCGUGUCCCCGGCGACGUCUUCAGAAAGGACAACAGAAGCCGCUGUUCGUCGUGCACCAAGGCGAUAGCAUAGGAUUCCAUCUCUACGCCGGGUCAAACAUAGAAGCUGGCGAGUUAAUCUGUGAAUACACGGGAGAAAUGCAGCUGAUCCCGCAGGACGAAUGGGAUGAAGAAGCUGUGGCCCUGCAUGCGAAACAGCUCGCGAAGAAGGCGGAGAGCGAGAAUCCGACGACACAGCCAGUUGCGAAACCAGUUCCGAUCCGAAGACCUAGGGGACGUCCUUCCAAGAACUCGGUUCGACCUGCGCCUGUUCCAGAGAAAAAGGAGAAAACUCUGGAGCCAGGAGGGCCGCAAGAAGAGACGGAAAAGGAAGAAGCAGAUUGUUCGUAUGAUGUGCUUUGCGGGUUCAUGAAUCCGAAACUGAGAAUUCGUGCUUACAACAAAGGGUAAGUUUCUCGAGAAAACAAGACAUUCAUUCGGGUUUCUUUUUCAGAAACAUUGCCCGUUUCGCGAACCACAGCUGCGCCCCGAAUGCUGUAUUCGUCGAAGUGCAUAGCCGUCGUUUCGAGAAGGAUCCUUUGAUUCCUCGAGUCGCUAUUUACGCGAAGGCGCGCAUUGCUCUCGGCCAAGAGAUUACGAUCUCCUAUUGGCUGAAGCACGAGAUGGGUAGACGUAGGAAUUGGAUUGCAUGCAGGUGCGGCUCCGACGAUUGCAUGAGAUACCUUCCGUCCGGCGAUUAA